AUACGACAACCUAGUCAAAUCACGUGCCUUGAGGAAACACGACGCAGUGGACAAAGCUGAUGACCGCUUGCAUUGCGCCGAUAAACUCUUGCCCACCGUACCCAUAGCAACUUCUCUCGCUCGAGCUUUACCAGACGCAAAGACAGCAAAGUGUAUCUCAAGCAUUCAUGGUGAAGCAUGGAACAUUCUCCAGGGAAUGAAAUCUACGAGGCAACCAUUCGCUGCGAUCAAACAUUUGAAUUCUCCAUAUCUGAGAUUCAAGACGGCAAAUACGUCCUGAGAGAGUUUCAACAACGCUUUUGGGCCUGGGCCACCAAUGCUGGCGCGCUUGCUGAGCCGUGUCUAUCCCUGGAUGCACGCCUGCUCAACCAUGAGAAACCUAGACACAUGCUUCUGGCUCUUCUUGAUCUGAUACAAGACAACUUGCAAGCCGCACUCGAGUUUGAUACCAGCCUAUCCUCUGAAGGAACUUGCAAACCUCCGAUAACUGAGGAAGUGCCAUACUUCACACAUUCAAUCAAUAUAGAUACCCGAACUCCAGAUGUUGAGCAUUUGAAAUACCCAUUUCAAGGGCUUGAGGCUGCUAUACAAAGGCUCAAUCUCAUCUCUUCCUUGAUUGACCAUUCCUCCCGCAAAGGACGUCAGAGACGCCUUGAAGCACUGCACGAACACGCAGUCACGGAUUCUACUCUGACCUUCAUUACAGAUGCAUCUCGGUUUGAAUUUCUUGCCCAGGCGAUUAUUGGUCAUCUUUGGGGGGGUGUCAGUGGCCAAGUUGUCAUGAAACUCGCGAGAUCCGUAUUGUUUCGCAAGCAACGUAUUGCGUAUACGAGAUACCGAAAACAAGCCCGCCAAAUUCCUCGUCUCCAGGGGCCACAGGCACAUACAGAGGGUUCACAUCUUUUGACUACUCCUUCAGUAGUAGGAGAUGGAGCUCGGCUACACUUAGAAUCAAACUUUGACUCGAAGCUCCCACGACAGGCAGAGCAAGUCCCAAGUGAAUGGCUGCGACCGUCGACAGUGGACGGCGAGUCCUUCGCCAGAGGUCAACUAGGUUCAUCUGGGCCUUCUUCAGAAUCAAGAAAGACCCACUCAGUCUGGACGAAAAACAUCGCUUACCCCAAGGCGCCAAAGGCUAAUGCGGUAUCGGACAGUGAAAUUGGGCUCGCUCCGUGUCCAUUUUGCCAAAACAUGUUCCCUUACCAACUUUAUGAGGACUCAGACUGGUGGAGAAAACACGUGGAUCAUGAUCUAGAGCCCUAUGUCUGUGUCUCAGACGAAUGUUCGCAGCCGCCAAUGACGUUUUCCAACCACAGUGAAUGGCUUCAACAUAUGAAUAUCGCUCACGGCCCUCAUUGGGUUGUAGAUCUCCAAGAUAUAUCAUACAGAGGAGCUUCUGAAGUUGUCCGAGAAGGUCAAGGCACACCUUCUUGCCCCAUGUGUCUCUAUGAUCCAUCAAACACAGAAAGAACUCCGAUAGUCCGGUUUAAAGAACCCGAAGAGACAUUGGGCAGUCAAUCAGGGAAUUCAAAUCUUUCUCAUCCGACAAGGCAUUUGCUAAAAGCAACUGACACAAACUUGUCUCGUCAUAUUGCCGAACAUCUAAAGAUGCUAUGCUUUCGAAUGCUCAGUAUAGAUACGAAUCUGUCUCAAGAGACGGAUGAUGCACUAGAGUCGGGUACAUCUUCGAAAGGGAUGAAAUUCAGUCAAACUACGACCCAAACAACGUCACCUAGUGGUAUGGACAGCGAAAUGGGAAACAUUUCUCUCAAUUUCGAGGAUGCUAACGACUUACUACCAUCUGAAGUAACGGCUAAUAAUGUUGAGCAGAGUAAUGCCCAAGUGCCAGAUUCUGGCUAUCAAGUCAAUGAUAUUCACGAGACAACAGGAAGAGAUGUUUUCGGGGCACAUGAGGGCAGCUCUUUCACACCUUCUGAGGCGUGGAAUGUAAAACCGGUGCCAGAAAACCGAGUAGCAAGCGACACGUUGUUUACGGAAAUUACGUCAAAAAUGAGAUUUACGUCAAACAUUGGAUCCAAGUCUUUAAGUCAGUCUUUAAGCCAAAUUUUAGGCAAGUCCCGCGAGCAAGACGCCCUUAACCAAGCUCGCAAAUUUGUGCCAAGACAUGUCUUGGAUGCGGUUGUCACACGCGAAAGUGUUAGAGCAGCCUUAAAGAAAAGUAACGCGGGUCGGAAGUUUUGGGAUUUGUCAACCAAGACGGUAAUAGAUAUCGUUUUUUCGAAGAAUCUCAAGAAGACGUUUGUGAUACUGUCGUAUCUCGACGUUCCUUGGGAUGUCAAGAAGUUUUACGAAGCUGGCCUAACCGAUGCCGACCUGCCCUUGACAACGGUAAGGCCUGAAGGAGAGAGCCUCGAACUACUGCAGUCUGGCCGGAAACCCAACAAAACUUUCUCUCCACCAAAGCAAUGGGGAUUUAGCUUAGCAGAAAGCUUUAUCGAGAAGCAGUGGACAGUAAUGGCACCCGUCUUCGACAACACGUGGGACCAUCGGGAACUAGAUCGCCUAUGUCCAUUGCCUCUCUUUACGGCCAAGGUUGUCAAUUACAGUGCGCGAAAUAUGGUCUACAAGGCGCAGAUACACUCCUCUCAUCUAGCAGGAUCCAAGGAUUUUCCUUUCGUGGAUAUUGCGCUUAAAGAGUUCGGGCACGAGAAGGACUUCAAACGAGAACAAUCAAAUCUUGUCAGUCUUCGCAAGCUUUCGAAUACCCACAUCGCACAGAGCCUUGCAACGUUCUCGCAGGGAGAUAGAAGUUACAUACUCUCUCCAUGGGCAGGGGGAGGGGACCUCGACCACUUUUGGCAGACUCAUGGUGAUGGAAAGCGUAAUUCAGAAAUGGCUCUUUGGAGCCUGAAACAAAUGCUGGGCCUGGUGAAAGCCCUUUAUGCCCUACAUGAGGAGCUCGGCGAGGCUGUCAAUUGCCGACAUGGCGACCUGAAGCCCGGAAAAAUUCUGCAUUUCAAGUUUGAUGACAAUAAGGAUCAUUUGGGCAUUUUGAAGAUUACCGGCUUCGGUAUCUCUCGCAUCCAUCUCGAGGCCACUUUUGAUAGAUUAGAAAGACCAACAAACACCGGAGCAACAUCGCCUUCCUACGAGGCUCCCGAAGCCACGGCGACAUCGAAGGAUGCCAUAUCCCUUAAAUACGACAUCUGGUCGAUUGGAUGCAUCUUUCUGGAAUUCGUCAUCUGGCUCGCACAGGAUUGGGAUGCCGUUCAAAGUUUUGCCAACGCGAGGAAGUCCACCUCGGCGCAUGCGGGUGGCGCAAUACCGUCACACUUCUACACAAUCGACAAAGACGAUAUCGUCGUACAUCCAGAGGUCUUCAAGAUUAUCAAAACUCUGGGACGGAUUCCACAAAGUGCUCCCAACACUGCACUUGGAGAGCUUCUGAGCAUCAUCAAGGAAGGUGUCAUCAAGAUUGAUCCAGCCGAACGGACUGAUGCCAGGGGGCUUUGCAAUCAGCUGGAAGCAAUUGUGUCGAAAGCCAGGUCUGAUCCUGUAUAUCUGUGGGACUCUCGGUAUUGAUAUGUCGGGAAAUGAGACUAGGAGGCAACAAAGGCUCUUCCAGUACACGAGAGACUUUAUUAUGAUUUGUUUUCAUUGAUUUUUGUCAUUUUUCCUCGUCUUAUCGGUUUGCCAUACCUUGUUCUGAUAAUGUUGUCCCUUUGGAUUUGCUCUUCCCAAAUUUUGCCCCCAAAGGCAUUGUACCUGCCUCGUUACGAACUCCUUUUGGUCUUUUCGACCGAUCCUCUUUCCUCC